GCACAAUGACUCCUCCAGCCUUUGCUUUGUAUUUAGUUUCUCUACUUGUUGUGAUAUUGGCUCAUAAACCAGCUUUGACACAUUUGUCAUUACUUAUGGAAUCAUCUGAAGUUGGAGGCAGUGCGACUUUGCAGUGCCUCUGUUGGGAUGAUGCAGCUCUGAUGUUUUACUGGUACAAACAAACUCAGGGGAAGGAACCAAGACUCGUCUGCACAUUCUACAAGCAUAGCAAAAAAGGCCGUUUUGAAGAUGAAUUUGACACCUCUCGUUUCUCUUUAGAUAGUGAAAACCACAGCAACAUUUUGCUGAACAUAUCCGAUUUGAGGAUGUCAGACUCAGCGACUUAUUACUGUAUAAAGAGCAACUUAGCUGACUUCAAGUUUUGUGUGGGGACUACACUUAUUGUGAAAGGUUCUGGACUAAACCUCCCAACAUCACUCAAACAGUCUGAGACAGAGCCCAUUCGAUCACUGAACUGCUCAGUACAAACUGGGAGCUGUGGUGCAGAGCACAGUUUUUACUGGUUCAGGAACUCUGGAGAAUUUCAGCCUGGAUUGAUUUACAGCCAGGCGGGCGAUAAGAAUCAGUGUGAGAGGAAACGCAAGACAUCAACAAACAGCUGUACUUUCAACUUGCCAAUGGAGAACUUGAAUAAGUCACAAAAUGGAGCUGAUUUCUGUGCUGUUGCUUCAUGUGGACACAUACUGUUUGGAGACGAGUCCAUCGUCCACUCUGAAGGUGACUCUGCCUCCAUUGUCUUGGUUUAUCUCCUGAGUGGAGCUUUGUCAUUCACCACCCUGCUAGCAGCUACACUGGCCUUCUCAGUGUUAAGACUGAGCAAAAGACACAGUCAGCAAACAGAUGGCAGUGACACAUUUUAUACAAGAAAUGCUCUAACUGCUCAGGUAAGAAUCAUCCUCUGGAGAAUAAUGGUCUACUUCUGUUUCAGUGCUGUAUUUUCUCUGCUUUGUACUUUGUCUGCAGCAGCUCCAGGGUGGAGAAAACCCCCAAUAUGCUGCUGUGAACAAUAUGAAACAAAACAUGUCAGGAGGAGCGAAGGAGAUCUUCAGUGAAUGUGUGUAUUCUGCUGUGAGGCAGUAGAGUUCUGUAGGUGGUGCUGAUGUUGAUGGUUGUGAAAAACAUGUUUGUCUUUAUCUGACUUUAUCACAGGGUCUAAAGGUGAUAUGUUAACUUGUAAUAAAGUUUUGUACAAUGCUAACAGCUGCUGUCUUUGAUUCAGAGUGUCAAAGACAGCAGCAUGAACAUUUUGUUAGACUGCUGAUUAACGACGGGACGUUUGGCUCCCAAACGACUCGUAAUCUAUGAUCAUGUGUGACCCAUAUUCAAACCAGAGCAGUCGCCAUAGACAUGUUAACACACGUGAUUCAUCAGAAAAUUUGAAUGCGUUAAUGAUUUUGAAAAACUAAAAAAAUUGAAAACAAUAAUUGCAACAUGUCAAAUGUUGAAACCCACUGAAUGUUUGAGACUGAGACGUCACCACACAAAUCCAGCUCAGUUGAUCCACAUAGUAUGGAAAUAUUACAUAUUCAGUUACAUAUGAAUCAGAAAAAUCUUGAUUAAAAUGAACAUUUUGUUAGAAUUUUUCUUGAA